AAAAGGUAAAACAUCAGAUCAAAAAAAAUGAGAGAUGUGUAGGCCAUUAGGUCUAUACCACAUAAAAAUGAGAGACGUCCAGCCACACACUCACACAGUACUGCUGCAUGCCAAUACAUAUAGAGAUGUAGCAAACACAUAACGAGGAAACAAGAUAGAACAACACCAUACGUCCAAUUAUGAAGAGAGCAGGGCUUGUGUUCGUCCCCACACCAGCUGUAGGUCAUCUAGUAUCCACAAUCGAGUUCUCGAAACGUAUGUUGAAUCUAAGCGAUCGAUUCUCAGUAAUAAUUCUUGUAAUGAAAUCGCCAUUUGGAGUCGCUGCGGAUCAGCCAAACACUAGUCAGCCGGUUCCUGCAGCGUCCCACACCCACAUAAAACUCAUCCAUCUUCCCACUGUAGAUCCCCCAACUGAGUUUGAGUCUGUAGAGAAGUUCCUCGGUGAUUACAUAGACAAAUACAAGAACCAUGUCAAGGACACCAUUAUCAACCAGGUCUUACCUAACACGUCACAAAUUGCUGGAGUGAUUGUUGACAUGUUCUGCACUACCAUGAUUGACGUAGCCCAUGAACUCAAGGUUCCAUCAUUUGUUUUCUUCACUUCUGGAGCAGCUUUUCUUGGUUUGUUGCUCUACCUUCAAAAACGGUACGACCAAGUUGGCAAAGUGUUUGAAGAAUCGGAUCCUGACUCGAUUGUACCGAGUUAUAUCAACCCAGUGCCCACAAAUGUAAUGCCUGGAUUUGCCUUCAACAAUGGUGGAUACAUUUCAUUUGCAAACCAUGCUAGAAGGUUCAAGGAAACCAAGGGCAUAAUCAUCAACACGUUGGUUGAGCUCGAAUCCCAUGCGGUUCACUCACUUUUUGAUGGUAAUGAAAAUGAGCAAAGUCAAGCGCAGCCGCAUGUUUACGCAGUUGGUCCCUUGGUUGACAUCAAAGGUAAGUAUGAAGUUCAAUCUAACCUUACCAAAGUUGACAAGAUCAUGAAAUGGCUUGAUGAGCAGUCCCCAAAAUCAGUGGUGUUCCUCUGCUUUGGGAGCUCUGGGAGCUUUGAUGAAACCCAAUUGAAAGAGAUGGCAAUCGGGCUCGAGCAAAGUGGCCAGAGAUUCUUGUGGUCUGUACGCCAAAACCCACCAAAAGGAACCAUGGCAACGCCAGGUGAGCACACAAAUUAUGAUGAUUUUUUACCUCAUGGAUUUUCGGAGAGGACUAAAGGGAUGGGAAUGUGGUGUGGGUGGGCCCCACAAGUGGAGGUUUUAAGUCAUAGAGCAAUUGGGGGAUUUGUCUCACAUUGUGGGUGGAACUCUAUAUUGGAAAGCUUGUGGUUUGGUGUGCCUAUUGUUACUUGGCCAUUGUAUGCUGAGCAACAGCUCAAUGCAUUUCAGAUGACGAGGGACUUGGGAUUGGGGGUGGAGUUGAGUGUUAUUUACAGAAAGGAUGGUGGUGACUUUGUAACGGCGGAUGAGAUUGAGAGAGCUCUGAGACGUUUGAUGGAGGGUGAUGGUGAGAUUAGGAAGAGGGUUCAAGAAAUGAGUGGAAUAUGUAGGAAGGCUGUUGAUGAUGGUGGGUCUUCUUCUGCUGCUUUUGGCAGCUUAAUUGAGGUCAUGUUAGCAAGCCUUAAAACUAAAAGCGGUUGAAUUUGAGUUCUGCAAUACUACUGCAGAAUUUUAUCAAUGUAUUCUUUUUCAAUCUAGUACUAUGUGACCUUUAUGAUAAAGAUCAGACAUUUAUACCAA